UCCAGAGGUUGUGUCACUUGUGUGGUAUUGAACGCUAAGAAUGACUUUGAAAUUGUCUAUAAAAACAAUACAUUCAUUGAACCAAUCAAUCGAUAUAUCGCCGGCUUUUUGGCGUUUCGUGAGAUCGAGUUUCUGGUCAAAGAAUACGAUACUCUUAAGCAAAAUGGAUCCCAAUUUAUGCCACAGGUUUGGCUUAUUGAUGGCAAUGGUGUAUUACAUCCGCGAAAGUUUGGUUUGGCCUCACAUUUCGGUGUUCUGGUGGACAGUGCGGUCAUAGGUGUGGCCAAAAAUCCGUAUUAUCUUAAUUUUGUGGAUCAAACCGUUAAAGACGACCACAAGAGACAGAAACUAAGUCUUGGCAAAGUUGGCGAUCAGUUCCCGAUUACGAACUCAUCGGAUGAGGUGAUAGGAGUGGCCCUCAAAACCAGCAGUGGCUGUAAAAAUCCAGUCUAUGUGUCGAUCGGACAUAAAGUGUCUUUAAAUACAGCGAUUACUGUUGUCCUCAAGUGUUGUAAAUAUAGAGUUCCAGAACCCGUACGACAGGCGGACAUUAUUUCCAGACAACUCAUCAAUCAAUAA